GUGACGCGCCAGCGCCGCGGCUCGCCGCCGAAGGGGCUCGCGGGGAUGCGGCCCGGCAGCGGGGAGAGAGCGCACCGCGAGGGGUGCGGGGCGCCUGCUACGGCGCUCGCCCGGCUGCGCCGCCUCGCCACUCGCCCACGAACGCCCGCACGAGGACACCGUGCGGCUUGGUGCACGCAAAAUUUGCCGAAUUUACAUGACCUGCAAUCUUCGGAUCCAACGCAAACUGGUUUCAACGGGAUCGGCGUGGCACGUUGGCGUCGCGUCGUCUCGGCCGUGUGAGGCGGCUACAGCCAACGUGGACCUGAAACGAAGAACCAAAUCCAGCGGAUCACAACAGUUUGCCGGUCUAAGUGAGCCCGUUCCUUUUCUUAUUUCCAACUUUACCUAUAAUCCUGUCGACUAUUUGUGUUCGUUGUUGCAAAGUUAUAACCAAAUUCGUUUCAAUAUACCAAAGCUGUUCCAUUGUGUGUUGUUGCUAAGUAAAAGCCAUUUACAAGCUGCCUAUCAUUUGCAUUCAAUUGCGCCUAUUUACAGCUUGAAAGCUAAAGCAUAUAUACUAACCCAGUUAUUUUUUUAAAGCAAAGCUUAAGCCAAUUCCGUAACACGGGUGCGGUACCUAACGUGCGUAGGUAACCAAAUUUAUCGUCUCAAAUAAAAUUGAGUCAUUUCCCAUGCAACUAUUUUAUGCCGCAUUAUUUUUGUGUUUGCAAGCCUCAUAUUUAAAGUGAUUUAUUGCUAAAUUUGUACUCCCAGGUUGGGCAUUCCAGCACGCCUAAUUUUCGAAAUCUGCUAUCCCACUCCCUGCUCUUGUGCUUACGUUGCAUGAUUUACAGCUAUUGCGGUGCGCGGCAGGGCUUCGCACAGAGCUUCUUCCCAAAAACCAAGUCGCGUCGGCGCAGCGCAACGCUGCGCGGCGCGGUGACCCUACGGCCAGCGCGGCGUGAACCGGUUUUAUCCAGAUCGACGCGGCGCGCUCGGUGAAGUGAGGAGCGUAGUAGUCCACUACGCAAGCGUAUGCAUGCAAUAUAUUUUUCUAACUAAUCUAUUGUUUUAAAUUUGCACGUUUACUUAUUACGAUGGAGGAAAAUAAUUACAAAUGUCUCAAUUUGAAACGCGCGUCUAUUAAAGGCCGCGUAACUAAGUUUAAUAAUCAAUUAGAAGUUUUAAAGGGUCAAAUGUUAGAUCAAACUCAGAUUAACGUGCUAAAGCAAAGGUUAGCUAAAAUAGAGGCCCUAUUCGUUGAAUUCGACAGUGUGCAAGAUAGUAUUGAGGCGUUAGACGAGAAAGGUUUAAGUGCAGAGUUAGACAAUAGAGAAAAUGUCGAGCAGUCCUUUUACAAUUCUAUCGCUGAAGCCCAAAAUAUUAUUUCGAAGUGUAGUACAACAAAUGUUUCAUCUAGUGAACAAGGUAAUGUCACUUUGAUCGACAAAGAUGAUCAAGAAGUCAUUGGAUUCCGUUUGCCAGUCAUAAAAAUAAGUAAAUUUGACGGAACAUUUAAUAAGUGGUUAGAAUUUCGCGACACUUUUAGUUCGUUGAUACACAAUAAUUCUAAAAUAAAUAAUAUUCAUAAAUUUCAUUAUUUAAAUUCCUAUUUAGAGGGCGAAGCAGCUAGGGUAAUUUGUAAUCUUGAAGUUUCCGAAAUUAAUUAUCCUGAAGCUUGGGAUCUUCUUUGCAAACGUUACAACAAUACUCGUCAACUCAUAAAUAAUCACCUAAAGUCCUUGUUCAAUAUUGAGCCGUUGCGUGAGACUGAUAAAUCCUUGAGAUUCCUAGCAGAUCAUGUCAUAAAGAAUUUACGUGCUCUUAAUACAUUAAAGCAACCCACUGAGCAUUGGGAUACCUUAGUCGUACACAUGGUCUCAUCGAAGCUAGACUCCAAUACGCGCUUUAAAUGGGAGGAGUAUAUACAAUCAAAUGUCAACGUACUCGAAGUACCCAGUUUAGAGAAUUUUAUGACGUUUAUAAAGGGUCGAGCUGAUAUUCUAGAGUCUGUCUAUCGCAGUAAGCAUGACAAAACCUCCAAGUUGCAUACCAAUCCUAAUCAGAGCACCAAAUAUAAUUUAGUUUCAAACCCAAGGUCAUUUGUUAGCUCUGAGCGGGGUGACUCAUCCUCACCAAGGUCUAUUAAGUGUGUCUUUUGUAACAAAGACCAUAGGAAUUAUGAGUGCCCAGAAUUUCAAUCAAAAUCAAUUGAUGAUAGACUAACCAUAGUCACAGACCUAAAAUUAUGUCGCAAUUGUCUGCAUAGGGGUCAUUAUCAGAAUGCCUGCAAGAUGCCAGGCACAUGUAAAAAAUGUAAAAGGCGUCAUAACACGCUCCUACAUAUUCCAACAGAAUCCCACACAAAUGAUAACAAUUCUGUGCCUAUUACAUUAUCAACUGUUUCUUCCUCCGAGACACUACUAUGUACUGCAUUAGUUGACAUAAUUAAUCCGGCCACGAGUGAAUUUGUCACUACUAAGGCGCUAUUAGAUAGUGGUAGCCAGUCUUCAUUCAUAACUGAAGCUCUCACAGCGAAACUAAAUUUAACUUUUUACAUUCCAAUAUUCAAAAUGUUGUUGGUAUAGGCAACACUGUUGCCAAACUCAAUUCAAAGCGUUGCGAUGUGUGCCUCCGGUCAAGGAUAGGUUCUUUCAGUGCCAAGAUUUCAUGUCUAGUCAUACCCCAAAUAUCCGGAAAAUUACCUAGGUCACUGAUAGAUAUAGCACACAUUGAUUUGCGGUCCAUUCAAUUAGCAGACCCCAACUUUUACAAACCUUCUGACAUAGGAUUGCUAAUAGGUGCCGACUUGUUUUGGACAAUUAUAGGAACCAAACAGCGUUCUUUAGGAAAUGGUAAUCCUAUCCUGCGUGAGUCCAAGCUAGGGUGGCUCAUCGCUGGUCCAAUAUAUAAUGUUAAAUUGGAUGCUUGUCUUGAUAUCAAAUCCUCCACUAAAUGUAAUUUUAGUAGCAUGGCAGACAACGAUAGUUUAGUAGAGCUACACAAUGAUUUACAGAAAUUCUGGAAAAUUGAAAGUUUGCCACAAAGGCCACUUCUCACAGACCAAGAAAGGGUUUGUGAGGCUCAUUUCUUGCAGCACACGGAACGUAAUCCAGAAGGUCGUUUCUGUGUCAAGCUGCCCCUGUUAGAAAGUCCAGAGCAUUUAGGUGAUUCCUACCUCAUAGCCAAACGGAGAUUCCUAAAUCUCGAACGCCGCUUUCGUAAACAACCCGAACUAAAGGAAUCAUAUGUAAGGUUUAUGGAAGAAUAUUCUCAGCUAGGACAUUUGUCCACAUCAGAAAA